AGAUGUGUGUGUGUGUCCAGCCCUGUGUGUGUGUAAGAGGGUGAGCGAGUAAGAGAGACCAUUUCAUCAUCCAACUCCUGCAGCUCUCACUCUCUGCGAUACCCUCCUCCUCCUGAAAAGAGAGGGAGAGAGGGAGUCAUACCACAGAGAGAGAAACAGAGAGAGAGAGAGAGGGAGGGAAAACGACAAGAAAAAAACAGCAGAGGGGAAAAGCGCUCUUUUUAUCGUGUUGUUCUUCCUCGGAGCUGAAGUGGAAAGGAAGACAGGUGGUGAAUCUGUCCAUCCUUCCCUCUCUCUUACAUCUCCGUGUACAGACGGGGGUGCGUGUUUUUUUCCCCUCACGAGCGGAGAACACUUUGGGAAGGACUGUAAGGACCGGGGGAGUGAAGUGAAACAGAGACAAGAUGCUCAACAACCUGACCGAAUGUGAGGAGGGUGAGGGGGGAGCAAACAGCCAGGGAGAUGGUAACCCCAAGGAGAGCAGUCCUUUCAUUAACAGCAGUGAUCCAGAGAAGAGCCAGCAAUAUGAUGGAAAGACCAUGGCCCUGUUUGAGGAGGAGAUGGACACAAGUCCCAUGGUAUCGUCUCUGCUCAGCAGCCUGGCCAACUACUCCAAUCUGCCACAGGGCAGCAAGGAACAUGAAGAGGCUGAGAACAACGAGGGCUCACGCAAGAAACCUGUGAAGGCUCCACAGAUGGGCACAUUGAUGGGAGUGUAUAUGCCCUGUAUGCAGAAUAUUCUGGGUGUGAUUCUGUUUCUGAGGAUGACCUGGAUGGUAGGCAUUGGAGGAGUCAUCGAAGCCUUCGUUAUCGUCCUCAUGUGUUGCUCCACGACCAUGUUGACUGCGAUCUCCAUGAGUGCCAUCGCCACCAAUGGAGUAGUACCAGCUGGAGGCUCUUACUACAUGAUCUCUCGCUCCCUUGGUCCUGAGUUUGGUGGUGCUGUGGGAAUCUGUUUUUACCUGGGAACCACCUUUGCAGGAGCCAUGUACAUCUUGGGUUGUAUCGAGAUCCUACUGAUCUAUAUCGUGCCACAGGCUGCCAUCUUUAAGAUGGAGGGCUUGGAGGGCGCAGAGGCAGAGGCAGCCAUGUUGAAUAACAUGCGAGUCUAUGGCACCUUGGUUCUGACCUCCAUGGCAGUGGUAGUGUUCGUGGGUGUGAAGUACGUCAACAAGUUGGCGCUGGUCUUCUUGGCCUGCGUCAUCUGCUCCAUCCUAGCCGUCUACGCCGGCGUCAUCAAGACUGCCAUCGAGCCACCUGUGUUCCCGGUGUGUCUUCUGGGUAACCGGACUCUGGUGUGGAAGGGCUUUGAUGUGUGUGCCAAGGUGAUUGAGCGGGAGAAUGUCACGGUCACCACCAAACUCUGGAGGCUCUUCUGCGACUCAGAGUUGCUGAACGCUACUUGUGACAGCUACUUUGUCAACAACAAUGUGACAGAGAUGCCAGGCAUUCCUGGGAUCACCAGUGGCAUUCUGAAAGAAAACCUAUUUGGGAAUUAUCUGGACAAGGGCAUGUUUCUGGAGAAGGUGGGAUAUCCCUCCGUGGAGGAGCCAGACGCCAUACCUACUAACACCAACCGCUAUGUACUGGCUGACAUAACCACUUUUUUCACAUUGCUGGUUGGCAUCUACUUCCCUUCCGUCACAGGCAUCAUGGCAGGCUCGAAUCGCUCCGGUGAUCUGCGGGAUGCUCAGAAGUCUAUCCCCAUUGGUACCAUCAUGGCCAUUAGCACCACCUCCUUCAUUUACAUGUCCAGCGUGGUACUGUUUGGUUCCUGCAUUGAGGGGACAGUACUGAGGGACAAGUUUGGUGAGGCAGUCAGGGGGAACCUGGUGAUAGGGACACUGGCAUGGCCGUCACCCUGGGUCAUCGUCAUUGGCUCCUUCUUCUCCACCUGUGGGGCGGGGCUUCAGAGCCUGACAGGCGCCCCACGUCUCCUGCAGGCCAUAGCCAGGGAUGGGAUAGUUCCUUUCCUCAGAGUAUUUGGCCAUGGCAAAGCAAAUGGGGAGCCCACAUGGGCCCUGCUCCUGACUGCCUCUAUUUGUGAGAGUGGAAUCCUCAUCGCCUCUCUGGACUCGGUUGCACCUAUCCUCUCCAUGUUCUUCCUGAUGUGCUACAUGUUUGUCAACCUGGCCUGUGCCUUACAGACUCUCCUACGGACCCCCAACUGGAGACCACGCUUCAAGUUCUACCAUUGGGCUCUGUCGUUCCUGGGCAUGAGCCUCUGUCUCUCGCUCAUGUUCAUCUGCUCUUGGUACUAUGCCAUUGUUGCUAUGGCAAUCGCCGGCUGUAUCUACAAGUAUAUCGAGUUCCGGGGGGCGGAGAAGGAGUGGGGCGACGGGAUCCGAGGGGUGUCCCUGAGCGCGGCUCGCUACGCCCUCAUGAGGCUGGAGGAAGGGCCGCCGCACACCAAGAACUGGAGGCCCCAGAUCCUGGUGCUGGUCAGUGUGGAUGUGGAGCAGAAUGUUGAGCAGCCCCGCCUCCUGUCUCUGACCAGUCAACUGAAGGCUGGGAAAGGACUCACAAUAGUGGGCACUGCCCUGGCUGGGACCUUUCUGGACAAUCACCCUCAGGCCCAGCAAGCAGAACAGUCACUGAAGAAGCUCAUGGAGACAGAGAAGGUGAAGGGCUUCUGCCAGGUGGUGGUCUCGUCCAACAUCCGCGAUGCCACUUCCCACCUGGUGCAGGCCAGUGGCCUGGGAGGCCUCCAGCACAACACUCUGCUGGUCAGCUGGCCCCGCAACUGGAAGCAGGCGGAGGACCACCAACUGUGGAGGAACUUCAUCGAGCUGGUCCGAGAGACGACGGCCGCCAGCAAGGCACUGCUGGUGGCCAAGAACACUGCAGCGUUCCCGUCCAAUGGUGAGCGCUUCACCGAGGGGCACAUCGACGUGUGGUGGAUCGUCCACGAUGGUGGCAUGCUGAUGCUCCUGCCCUUCCUGCUGCGCCAGCACAAGGUAUGGAGGAAGUGCAAGAUGCGCAUUUUCACUGUAGCCCAGAUGGAUGACAACUCCAUUCAAAUGAAGAAGGAUCUGACCACCUUCCUUUACCACCUGCGCCUAGAUGCCCAGGUGGAGGUGGUGGAGAUGCAUGACAGUGACAUCUCAGCCUACACCUAUGAGAAGACACUGAUGAUGGAACAGCGCUCUCAAAUCCUCAAACAGAUCAACCUUACCAAGACGGAGCGUGAGCGGGAGAUCCAAAGCAUCACGGACAGUUCCCGUGGGUCGAUACGCCGCAAGAAUCCAGCAGCGGUCACCACGCAGUUGAGCGUGACUGAGGAGACAGCCUCCGGGAGCAAGGAGGAGAAACCGGAAGAAGAGGAGCAGCUCAUCCACGACAAAAGCACGAACCCGCCCACCCCGGCCACGCCCCAGUCACCAGUUGCUGAAGCCGAGACCCCUGGCACAGUGGUCCAGAUGACCUGGACCGAAGCCAAGUGUGAUGGUGACCAGGCCAAGCCUAAAGGGCUCAGCGUGACCGAGGGCAUCAAAGACCUAUUCAGCAUGAAGCCAGAAUGGGAGAAUCUAAACCAGUCCAACGUCAGGCGCAUGCACACUGCUCUCAGACUCAAUGGUGAGAUUGUAAAGAAAUCCCAGGAGGCCAAGCUGGUCCUGCUCAACAUGCCUGGACCACCCAAGAACAGGAAUGGUGAUGAGAACUACAUGGAGUUCCUCGAAGUCCUAACUGAGGGUCUCAACCGGGUCCUCCUUGUGCGUGGUGGAGGUCGUGAGGUCAUCACAAUCUAUUCUUGAAAGACCAGCCUGCAUCACCCCAUCUCACCCCCACAAUCCCCCCAGACCUUAAACCCUUCCAACCACACAUUCACACACCCAACUCAAAAGACUCCCCAAGCAAUAGCCCAAGAAACAAUGACGCCAACCCCACCCCAAACCAGAGACACAGAGCGUGUAAUAUUACUCCUACACCCUCUUAAGCCUGCCUUCAGAAAGGUCCUUUAGUCUGAUCUGGUAAUGAGUUUUAUUAUGUUCUUGGUCUACUCCCAGUCUGUGUUUAUUGUGAGCUGGUGACCCACAGUUCACCUCCUGAGUCCAAUGCCACGUAUGCUAUGAGGACAAACUAAUGAUGUCAGUAUCGGUUGCAUUCCAGAAAUUUCCUUCAUCCCAGGUCUAGCCAGUCACUCUUCUUAUCCAAUUAGGAGACAUUCAAGGGUAGUUGCAAUGGUGCAGGCAGGUCAGGCAAUGUCUGUUACCUUUAGGGCCUUAUUUUCAUUUUACUUCUUGCAUUUAUUUAUGUACAAGAAAACAGAACUUGCCCGAACAACAGCUGCCAGACAAGCAAAGGAUACUUCGUUCAUUCCAUCACUGUGAGGGAGUGACGUAUUUCCGAGAUGGACUCCUGACGGCUGGGCUGGGGGAUCUGGUAUCACAGCAUGGACAGAUCUCCAAUAAGCCUCAUCUGUCACAAGCUGGCCCGGCUGCCGAGGAGAAGGACUCUCAUCUCUGUCACCUCCACAAUUUUGGUCCUCUGCGGCCUCACCUGGAGGGAACUGAGGUGAAAAUAAUUCCAGACUGCUCUAGGAAAUUUGUGUCUGUCUAGGGGGCAUACCCCGGGGGAAACUGUCCAUUAAGGGCAGUUAGGGGUGGGGGAUGGGUGUACUCCAUUUUCUUGGCACAGUUCUGUCAUUUUGUUUGCGCUCCUCCAUAAAUUCCUCAUUGUUUUCACAUCUCCUGGUUGGAUGUUGGCUAGCUGUGCCCUGCCAGCUAUGACAUGUGCCAAAAACAAGAGUGGGAAGAUCUGUGACUUGCUGUCUGAGAGCGAGGAGGGGAAAGCUGCACUGUUAAUCAGCAUUGCUGACAGCAUGACUAGAGGAGGAGUGAGGCUGGUCAUGUCCAGCUGAAUGUUAGCGGAUUAGUGUAAAUAGUGUACAAUCUUUGAGGUACUGAGAACUAUUGGUGUAGUAUUUUUUCCUUGAAUUCACUAACCAAGCCUCUGGUAAGGAGAUGUUCUUAUAUCACAGGGUCAGCUCCAAAAAAGGCUUUUGGAUGGCUUUAGGCUUAUCGUUAUGGCGUCUGGAAGCAGACCACACUGUACUGUAGCCCCUUUCACAAGCAUUCAACCUGCACUGGCAGCCACUGUGCAACAAAGUGAUUUAAUGAGUCUGUGGACUCAUUACAUGAGUGAGUGCCUGCAUAUGUGGUGUGUGUGUGUGUGUGUGUGUGUGUGUGUGUGUGUUCCAUCUGUGAGAGUGGAUUUAACAGGAUUUUCCCCCUUUUUACAAAAAGAAAAACAUAAAUGUUUGUUACAUUUACAGACAUCUCUCUAUUUAAAGUAUCUAUAACAGUUUAUAAUGUUAUUUGUGCUAUAUAAUAUAUUGUUUGCAUCAUAUAAAUUAAAAAGGAAACUAUAAAAAACAGAUUUUUUUAAAAAGAACUUCAAGUUAACAUAGAAGUAGUCUAUAAGGAUCAGAAGUUGACAGUAGACGAGAGGAAUUAAGUCCAACUCUAUGCAGACUGGUGUCAGUCGUAUGCAACGUAAUCUGAGUACCUGAGAGAGUUCUUGACAACACUUUUUAGAUUGCUUAUAACCAAAUGGUUAAACAUUAUAGACAAGUAACAUUUCAGUGUGCAUUUUUAAAACUGGAUUGUGCAAUAGAGGAAAUUGGGAAAUCUUGUAAUCAUUGCAUUAUUUAUUUUUGUAUGCAUAUAUUUUAUAUAUGUGGAUUUUACUUUGCAUAAUUUUCACAGCAUAAAUAGCAGUCAUAGCUAUAGUAUAUUUUUGUUUGCAUUCAAAGAACAGAAUUGUUAUGGUCACACAUGGGCACAUGUGGGAUAUAUAUGAGGAUAAAGGUAUAGUACUUUAAUGAAACUACAAAUAACAGUAUUUUCUGUUUCAAAGAUUAUGAAAACCUCUCCUAAGUUGUGAAUGCUGCUAAAGUACGGUUAGAUGGAUUUGUAUUGUGUGUAUGUACAUAGAAGAAAAACAAAUAUUUAAAGCUAUAUAUUCAAAAUAGUAGUGUGGAGGGUAGACAUAAAAAAAAUACAUAUCAGUGCUGGUGAUUAUUGCAUCGAAGAUAUAAUCAACAAUCAGUCGUAAAGGCGAAGCUGAGCUGAUCUGAUCUAAAACCACCCAGCUUCCUGACGGUGUUAUACUGAUGACGUCCAAAGUGGAAACGAAGCGCGCCCGCACGUGGCUGUUUUUUAGGGGAUCUAACGAGAGACGGACACGACGCACACUUCACUCUGAGCCACCGCAUGCACUCUGCUUUCAGUGACGAUGUGCAGUGUGUACGAGUCGCUUUUUUUUUCGCUAAAGCGUUCUGCCUGCGUAGACUGAGCCGUCCCACGCAUUUAUGAAAAAGACGACCACGAACUGGGUCGAGAAAAAAAAGAAGAUAAAUUUAACAGAUGAUUUCAGAUUAUUUGUAUUUUUUAUUACUGUUUGCAUGGUCUAUGUGUGAAUAUUCGUUUCAAUAGUUUCUAUUGUGCAUUGUAUGUAGAGGGUAGGAGCAAAAUUGAAAGGCAUCUGCUUGAAACUCGUGAUGCCAGUGGGCACCAAAGACUAAAUCAGCAGUAAGUGUGUCUCGGAGCAUCACGGGUGGACACAGCAUAACAAAAUGUUUGGAUGCAUUUUAUGGUUCCAUGUCGUAUUUUGCUAUUCAGAUCCAUGUUAAUUAGAUUAGGAUGAAACUGUGGUAUGAAUGGUUCUUGGAUGUAUAUUUGGCUUUGUAUAACAAAUGCUGUUUGGAAACACUAGAUUUCAGUGUACUUGUUCUUUGUUGUAUCACGAGGAUGCUUUUAACAGUGGUAUGGAAUCUUUUUUUCUGUUUAUUAUUUUAUUUAAAAUGUUACGUGCAAUAUUGAUUCAGAUGUUCUAUUGGGGAAAGGUGUGUGUGUGUGUGUGUGUGUGUGUGUGUGUGUGUGUGUGUGUGUGUGUGUGUGUGUGAUUACAUUUAUAGUUUGAUUGCUUACUCUGUGUCUGCUUUGAGCAUGGUCCUGUUAGACCAUGACGUUCAUCAGUGCUCUUUGUAUGCUAGAGGAGUGUACGUCACAUCUGUUCUAUGGUGGCUGAGACAGAAAUGCACUUUAUACAGGGUUAACAUUCUUUACGGUGGUGACAAUGUCGUUCAAGUCACCUUGCAGUCUGAGCAUGCUGGAUCAUUUCAGCUUUGAUAACUAGCUCCUUCUAGUGGAAAUGUGUGUACUGCAGUCAUAGAGGCAUCAGUCGUUUGAGGUUAUGGUGCGAGGUUGCAGACUGGACAGACGUUCUCUGCAGUUACAUACUACCUGAUCAUCAUAGUUUCUGCUGUAUAAUAUAGGGUUAAAUUUUAGGGUUUUUUUGUUUUGUUUUAUUAUUUAACAUUAAUCACAAACUUUUUGUUUCCAUUUUCCAAUCUAAAGAACACAGUAUAAGAACUAGAUUUAAAAAUUAAAGAUGUUAUGUUCUUUUUAACAAACAUAUAAAUAUAAUAACUCCUGCCCUUGGCUCACCUGUCUGUCCCCCAUCCCCUUUGUGCAUCUCACACACACACACACACACACACACACACACACACACACAACCAUUCCAAAAUGCCCCAUCACCCAUCAUCCUGACCCCUCCCCCUCUCCCUCCCCUCAAAACACUGUAUUCAAAGGUGAUUGCAGUAUAAAUCUAAUUAUUGAUCAAAGAUUAUAAACAAGCGCUUCCACCUCUGGGCGUGGCUCUGUUAACACUAGCACUGGACCGAGCGUGUCCAUCCGGCACUGCCCUCCUUGUCGCUUGCAUCAUCAGAGGAUGUUCAGAGAGGGAUAAGGCUAAUAUGUAGCAAGUGACAAAUCCAACAUUCCAUCAGUAGUUCUCAGAAGAAUACUGAUUCAAAGAUAUUUUAAUGGACUGGUAUUCUUUACAUGGUCACACAAAGAGUUUAAAGGGCUCUGGAUAACAAUCCAUCCUUGUUUCUGAGGUGUGAUAGUAGCUGCAAGUUUAUUGGGUGUAGCUGGGUACUGUUGGCAGAUGAAGCAUAUCUCUUUCCAUCCUUAGUGCCCCAUCCCCACUUGGUCUUUAGAACUUGAUCAAGAUUGGUAGGCUUUGUGUUCUGCAUAUAUUUCUUAUGAACAAAUUAUGAGCUAAGUACAUAUUACAAACAAGCACUGUCAGUUAAAGAUGCGUUAGCUAGAUUUCAGGUUCCAGAUGUGAAGUGAAACCAAAGCAGGGUUAACAGAGCCAGGGCCCAGGUCUGUUGUCAAACUCAAUGCAUGCACAUUAUUCUGAACAAGCAGAUAUAACUAUAUAUAUUCAAAUGUUUUGUGGUUCUUGGUAUUGCGUUCGCUCUGUUUUGUUUUGAUUAUUUUAACUGCCAAUGUGUUAUUUUUAUAAGAUGUGCUGUGUAACUUAUUGUGUACAAAUGCUUUAGGUAAAUCAGUAGGCUAUCUAGGGUAAAUGAGUGUGUUGGCUACUGGAGUUUUUUUUUUUUAUAUAGU